CAAAAUCAUCUGACCAUCCUUCUGUCCCUUCCCAGCAUGGCUAGAUGGAGGUUAGACAGCUCUUCCCAGGUGCUUGCUGGCCUGCUUCUCGUGUGUGUAGGACUAUCUUGCGUCCAUAGCAAUGAGUGUCCCCAGCUGUGUGUGUGCGAGAUCCGACCCUGGUUCACCCCACAGUCCACCUACAGAGAAGCCAUAACUGUGGACUGCAAUGACCUUCACCUAACACGGAUCCCUGGGAACUUGUCCAGUGAAACUCAGGUUCUCCUCUUACAGAGCAACUACAUUGCAAAAACCAGUGAAGAGCUAGAGCAGCUCUUCAACCUGACAGAACUGGACCUCUCCCAAAACAACUUCAGUACCAUUGGAGAUGUUGGUCUCAAUAAUAUGUCCCAGCUCACCACACUUCAUUUGGAGGAGAACCAGAUUAGGGAAAUGCCUGAUUACUGUUUGCAGGAUCUCAGCAACCUGCAGGAACUGUAUAUCAACCACAAUCAGAUCAGAACCAUUUCCGCUGAUGCUUUUUCUGGUCUCCAUAACCUCCUCAGGCUUCACCUCAACUCUAACAAGCUCCAAACCAUCAACAGCCAGUGGUUUAAAUCUACACCCAAUUUGGAGAUCCUCAUGAUUGGAGAGAAUCCUGUUGAUGGAAUUACAGACUUUAAUUUCAAGCCACUGGACAAUCUAAGAAGCCUGGUUUUAGCUGGAAUGGAUUUAAAAGAUGUCCCAAGUAAUGCCUUUGUGGGACUUGACAAUCUUGAAAGCCUCUCUUUCUAUGACAACAAGCUGGUUCAAGUACCCCAAAGAGCCCUUCAAAAACUACCUAACCUCAAGUUCCUUGAUUUAAACAAAAACCCUAUACAUAAAAUUCAAGAGGGGGAUUUCAAAAACAUGCUUCGACUGAAAGAGUUGGGUGUAAACAAUAUGAGAGAGCUGGUUUCUAUUGAUCCUUAUGCUUUGGACAACCUUCCUGAGCUCACCAAGCUGGAGGCUACAAACAAUCCCAAAUUUUCCUACAUCAGUCGUCAGGCUUUUCGUGAUGUUCCAGCUUUGGAGAGUCUAAUGUUGAACAGCAAUGCUCUGAAUGCCCUUUAUCAGUCUACCAUAGACUCCCUCCCCAACUUGCGUGAGAUCAGCAUCCACAGCAACCCUCUGCGCUGUGACUGUGUCAUCCAGUGGAUGGGCUCCAACCAAACUGUAGUCCGAUUUAUGGAGCCUGUAGCCAUGUUUUGUGCAAUGCCAGCAGAGGUCAGGGGUAUGCGCGUGCGAGAGGUAUUGGAGAAAAAAACUGCAAAUCAGUGCCUGCCCAUGAUUUCUCAUGAUACCUUCCCCAGCCAUCUGAGUUUGGAAAUUGGUAUGACCUUGGACUUGGACUGCAGAGCCAUCUCCCAGCCAGACCCUGAAAUCUAUUGGGUGACACCAAUGGGAAACAAAAUCACGACGGACACUUUUUCUGACAAAUACAGUCUAAGCAAAGAAGGGACGUUGAGAAUUUCUCUUAUCCAAGUUGAAGACUCUGGCAGAUACACCUGUGUGGCUCAAAACUCAGAUGGAGUUGACACAAGAGUAACAGCCAUAAAGGUGAACGGGACUCUAUUGGACAACACACAGCUCAUGGAGAUCUAUGUAAAGCAGACGGAAUCCCACUCGAUCCUUGUCUCCUGGAAAAUUAACUCAAAUGUGAUGAUGUCUAAUCUCAAGUGGUCAUCUGCAACAAUGAAAAUUGACAACCCACAUAUUACUUACACUGCCAGGGUUCCCGUGGAUGUUCACGAGUACAACCUCACUCAUCUACAACCAGCGACAGAGUAUGAGGUGUGCCUCACUGUCUCCAACAUCCACCAUCAAACACAAAAGUCAUGUGUGAAUGUAACAACAAAGCAAGCGCCCUUUACUGUGGAAAUAUCUGAUCAAGGGACCAACACUGCUCUUGCAGCUGUCAUGGGAACAAUGUUUGCAAUCAUCAGCUUGGUUUUACUGAGUGUGUACAUUGCGAAGAGGUGGAAAAGGAAAAAUUAUCACCACUCUCUAAAAAAGUACAUGCAGAAAACCUCAUCUAUACCACUCAAUGAGCUGUAUCCUCCUCUUAUUAACUUGUGGGAGGCAGACAAUGAGAAGGAGAAGGAAGGCACAUCGGAAGCAAAACCCAGUCAAGUGGACACCUCACGCAGCUAUUACAUGUGGUAGAUAGAGACUCUCUUUCUUCUUGUGAGAGAUACAGAGACAUGAUUGUUAAAAUAGCACAAAUACACAUACUUGCUUCUUUAUGUAAAAGUGAACAUUCCUUUUUUGUUUUUUCUGUAAUAUAUACCUUUUUUUUCUUUGGUUUUCGUAGACGGAGGCGAUCGAUGAACCAACACUUUCGGAUAUCUAAUUUAGAAUACUACUUUUAUACCUCUUACUUGUUUUGACACAAUAUACCAGCUUUGUUAAGCUUUCUGAACUUAGUAGUCACUGUGCUUGACUUUUAGUAACUCAUUUUGAUGAACACAGCAUGAUCAGUGUAAUGGAUUCAGUGUGCAUACAGAAAGUAAAUGCUGAAAUCCAAAUAGUUUUUGGGAUGUUUCUCUGGCAGAACUGUUAUGACUCAAUUAGGGUUUUUUUUAUUAUUAAAAAAACAGUUUCAUUGUUGACUGUUG